AAACAAACACAGCAAUGACAAAUGCUUUAUUUAAUCUGAAUAGUAAUUGCUUCAGGAGCUUGAUUGCCAAGCAGUGGUCGUCUGAUAUUCGUCUGGAUGGAAAAACAGCCAUUGUGACGGGCGCAAACACUGGCAUUGGUAAAGCUACUGCCAAAGACCUCGCUAUGAGGGGGGCCCAUGUAGUUCUGGCCUGUCGGGACAUGGAGAAAGCUGAGGAGGCAGUUGCUGACAUAAUGAGAGAAGUGGAGAGUGCCAGUGUGGUGGCUAUGAAGCUGGAUCUCGCUGACACAAAGUCCAUUUGUGAAUUCGCUGAGAACAUUUACAACACUGAAAAAUCCCUGCAUUUCCUGAUCAACAAUGCUGGUGUGGCACUCUGUACAUAUGCAACCACUGUUGAUGGCUUUGAGAUGCAAUUUGGGGUCAAUCACUUAGGCCACUUCCUGCUCACCUACCUUUUGCUGGACCUCCUGAAGCACUCCGCUCCCUCCCGGGUGAUCAACCUGGCCUCCGUAGCCCACCUCCUAGGCAAGAUCAACUUUGAGGACGUGAAUAGUGCGAAGAGUUACCAUUCCACGAGAUCCUAUGCGCAGAGCAAGCUGGCCAACGUCCUCUUCAGCCGGGAACUGGCCAGGAGAGUGGAGGACUUAGGGAUAACGGUUUAUGCGGUUGACCCUGGAGUUGUACACACUGAGAUAUUUAGGCACAUGAGGAGGUAUCUACAGGUUCUUGUGAAGACUUGUAGCAUCUUCCUCAGAACCCCGGCAGAGGGGUCCUACACAACCCUCUUCUGUGCUGUGACUCCAGAUCUAGAGUCUGGAGGCUACUACAGCGACUGUGCCCCAGCGACGUGCUCCAGGGCUGCCAGUGAUGACCGGUCGGCCUGCAAACUGUGGGCUCUCAGCUGCCAACUGCUGAACAUCCGCUGGCGCUGAAGAGCUCUGUGAUAAAUUCUCAAAUCAGCUCUCCAUUCAAAGAGUUACAGUAGCCUGUCGCAAAAGAAUUAAACAUGACAUUGACAUAUUGAUUAAACAUUUAGGCUACUGUCUAUGACACAUAAAACACGGAUGCUAUCUAGUUAUAGUUUAAUCUAAUGGAGGAAAUACUUGUUUGAUUGAUGUGCUUAGAUGCUGAUUGAUUGACGAUUGAUGUUACCUUUUCAAAUAAUUUGUGUUUUCUGGAAAUGUAGCACUGUAACACUGAAAGUUAGGAAACUGUUAAUUCUAAAAUUGUCUAACCACAUAUGAUUUU